AUGACUCCGAUCGCCCUCACCGUCGCACCCGCGCUCGCGCCGCAGCCGCUCUGCCUCGGCACCGCCUUUCCUCGCCGGCCAGCCUCGGAGGUGCUCGCAGACGCGGCGGAGGCCGCCGCCGCCGCAGAGGUGGGCGGCGAGGGCGACGCCAUCGACGUGUACGGCCGCGGCGCGUGGCUCGAGUCGUUUGAGUCCGAGGUCGCGAGCGAGUUCGGCAAGGAGUCGGCCCUCUUCUUCCCCACCGGCGUGUGCGCGCAGCUGGCUGCCCUCUGCGUGUACGCGGGAGGAGUCGGCCGCGGCGCGGGCGACCUCAUGCCCAGGCUCUCGCGGCCGUCCUUCAUCGUGCAGGCGACAUCGCACCUCCUCCUGCACGAGGAGGACGCCGCGCGCCAGCUGCUCGGCUUCACGCCGCUGGUCGUCGGCGCAAAGGACAGGCCGCUCUCGCCGGCGGACGUCGAGAAAGAGCUGUCGCGCCUCGCGGCGGUCGGAGCGCGGCCGUGCUGCAUCCUGCUCGAGGUGCCGCACCGCGAGCUCGGCUGCGAGACGCUCCGCCUGGACGAGCUGCGCGAGAUGCGGCGGCUCGCGGUCCAGUACGAGGUGCCGCUGCACGCCAUCGUGCCGCUGCAUGCCGACGGCGCGCGCCUCCUCGAGGUCGCGCCCCACUACGGCCUCCCGCUCCCCGAGCUGUGCCGCCUCUUCGACUCGCUCUACGUCUCCUUCUACAAGGGCCUCGGCGGCGUCACCGGCGCCAUGCUGCUCGGCAGCCCGACCGUGACGCGAGAGGCGGCCGUCUGGCGGCGCCGGCUCGGAGGCAACCCCUUCACCGUCGCGCCGCUCCAGCAGCUGGCGCCGCUCCUCUCCUCCACCGCCGCCGAGGAGGGCGGAUCCCUCCGCUUCGUGCCCGAGGCGCCGACCUGCUGCCAGGCGCACGUCUACCUGCGCGGCGACGCCGCCGCCCUCGACGCCGCCCGCGACGCCGUGCUGCGCGAGCGCGGCGUGCGGGUCUACUCACGGCUACGCGGCGCGGCGGUCGGCCCCGAGGCCGACGAGUGCUACUUUGAGCUGACCCUCGGCCCGAGGCACCUCGAGGUGGCAGACGCGGUGUACGUCGGCGCGUGGCGCGCCUUCAGAAGGCGCUCGCAGGGCCGCAGCCGGGAGGGCGCAAGGGCGUCGGCGAUGCGGAGCCACAGAGCUGAAAGCGAGCGCUGGAAGUGGAGACAGUUGGGGUCCCUUUGUGCCACCCCUCCGUCGACGCGCGACACGACGCACGAUGCAAUUUCCAUGUACCACAUCGUCAUAUCGAUGUGGUACAAGUUGCACUCCUAUAGAGAAGGCUUCAACGUUCAAGCUUAA